AUGAGUGACCCAAGUGAAGACUCAGAGGUCGUGCAGGAAGUCAUUGGAGACCAUGAUCAGGAUGCAGGAGAUGCAAUGGAUGUAGUAACUGAGUUAGAUGAACCGUUGACCUCAGUAUCUGAUACGGUACCUGAGUCUGAUGUGGUAGAGGAAGGAAUAGAGCCAGUGACUGCACUGGUUGAACUGGUGGUUGAACCAGUACCUGAGACAGUUGAGCCAGUGACUGAACCAGUAACUGAACCAGUAACUGAACCAGUAACUGAGACAGUAACUGAACUGGUAGUUCAACCUGUUGAGUCAGUUAGUCCAGCAGUACCUGAACCAGAAACAGUACCAGUACAGGAAGCAGUACCAGUACAGGAAACUGUACCAGAACCAUCACCUAUAGUUACACAACCAGCACCACAACCUUCUGCUGAUUCAAUCUCCAUAAUCCUGUCAUUCCUCACCAUUCCUGAACAAUUCAUCAGUUCUCUCGAUAGUAAUAUCAUAAAUGCCAUUCAAAAGAAAGCUACUGAUUAUAAUGAACUCAUUUCUACUCAUUCAUUCAUAAAAUUACAAGCAGAACUGAAUCAAAAUACAUCUCAUAAAGUUAUAAAUGAAUUAAAGAAUCGACUUCGAACUACUAGUGGUACAGUUAAUCAAUUAACUAUUGAAAAUGAAUCAUUAAGUGAAAAUUUAACUAAGAAUCAACAACAAAUUAAACAAUUGGAAGAAUCUAAUAAAUUAUUAAUUGAAGAAAGUAAUAAAUUUCAUCAUCAAGAAACUCAAACUAAUCAAGAACUUCAACAAUUACAAGAUUCCUCUACCCAAAGUAGUUAUAAAUAUACUGAAACUAUUAAUCAAUUAUCUAAUACCAAUAUUGAACAAAGUAAAAGGAUUAAUGAAUUAACUAAAGAAAUUAAUAAUCAUCGAAAUGAUAAUUUUAAUUUAAAACUUAAUAUUUCCAAAUUAAAUAAUGAAGUGGAUUAUUUAAAGAAUCAAACUAAAUGGUAUGAUGAAGAACUUAAAUCAACUCAAACCAGAUUUACUGAAUUAAUUAAAAAACAUGAAUCGGAAUAUGUAUUAACUUCCAAUCAAAUUACCAAUUUAAGUUCAAGAAAUGAUAGUUUAGAAAAACUUAAUAAAUCAUUAAAUGAUCAAUUAAAUGAAUUAACUGAAAGAAAUGAUCGAGAAGUUCAACUUGUAUCAACUUCAAGUUCUAAAUAUGAAUUUGAAAAGGCGAAAUUCUUAAAGGAACUUGAUAAUAAAAAUGAUCUUAUUGAAUUAUCAAAGAUUCAAAAUGAUCAAAAGUCUCAUCGUAUAGAUCAAUUAGAAAGUUAUAUUGAAGAUAUUAAACAGAAAUCUACAAAUUCAUUAAAUUCUUUAAGAAAUGAACUUUCUAUAAAGCAAGAACGAGUAAUUGAAUUAGAAGAACGGAUUAAACAUACUGAAGAAUUAUUAGAUAAAGAAUUACAUAAAGAAACUGAAUUACCCAAAUUAACUGAUUCUUCUGCUCUUAUAGCUUCAUCUCAAGGGAUUUCAUUAUCAUCAUUAUAUUCUGAAUUUAGUCAUUUAAAGAAACAAUUAUUAUUAGAAAGAUCUCAAAAGGAGAAAUUGGCUAAUCAACUUGAAUCAUUUGUUAAUGAAUUAGAAUCUAAAAAACCCAUAAUAACAAAUUAUCGAGAACAAAUUGAAUUUUAUGAAUCAUCUAUAAAGGAAAUGAUUGGUAAAGUUGAAACCAUUCGAUCAGAAAAGGCCCAAGUUGAAAAGGAUGCCAAUCGAUUAAAAUCUCGAGCUAUUGAAUAUGAAAAUGAACUUGGAUCAAUUAAACGUUUAGCUCGAGAUCUUGGCCGUCAAUUAUGUUAUUAUUUAAUUCAUUCAAGAAUUAGAGAUAAUGAUCAAGAUCCUUUAAGUAGUGAAGAAAAGAAAGCCAUUGAAAGUAUAUUACAAAAGAGUGGCCAUUAUGAAUCAUACGGAGAAACUGAAUCCGAUAAAAUCAUUUCGGAUCGAUUAGUAGAUUUCGCCAGUAUUAUAGAAUUACAACGAAAGAAUUCGGAAUUACUUACGGCUGUUCGUCAAUUGAGUCAAAGUUUAGAAACUAAAUCUCAACAAUCUUCUAGUAUUGAAUCAGCAGCCAUUGAAGAAGCUAAAGAUGCUAUCUUAACCCUUCAAAGUGAAUUGGAUAGUUUAACUAUUAAAUAUGAUGCUGUAGUUAAAGAAAGAGAUAUACUUAAAUCAGGUAAUCAUGGAAGUAUAAUGACACGAAAUGAUAGUCGAUACUUGACAGAAAUUAAUGAAGAUUUAAAACAGAAACUAGUGGAUAGUGAGGGAGUACUUAAACAUAUUCAAGAUCAAAAUAGUAAAAUCAUUAAUGAAUUAAAUGAUAAGAUUCGUCACAUAACUACCGAAAAGAAUGAAUUAUCUUUACAAUUAGCUAAUGCCAAUAAUCUGGUACAAUUAGCAGAAACAAGACUUGAAAAUAGUCGGAAGACAAUUGACAAUUCUAGUCAAGAAAUCAAUCAAUUACGUCAAGAUGUAUUAUUCUGGAAGGAACAAACCAAUAAACAAGAAAGUUUAUUAAUUCGAAAAUCCAAUGAACUUCGAGAUGUUGAAGGGAAUAUCAAUAAAAUGUCCAUUAAUGUUAAUAAUCUUGAAGCCGAAAAGCAAUUCAAUUCGUCGGUAAUUGGCUCAUUAAAAGUAGAAAUUGAUCAACUUAAAUCGGAUAAAGUUAAAUUAAAUGAAUUUGUAUUAAAUUUACAAUCCUUAUUAAAAUCUCGUGAUGAAUCCGCUUCAGAAUUGACGGAGAGAUUAAAUAAAUCCAUUGAAAAUUAUCAACAAUUACAAGAAAUUCUUAGUGAUAAAGAAGAGAAAUUAUAUAUCUUAUCUAAUCAAUCUGAUUUAGCGUUAAAGGCUCAAAAUGUUAAAUUAGAGCAAGUUGGUGAAGUUAGUCAACAGUUAUUAGAAACUAAACAUAAAUUAAAUGAGAAGGAAGCUGUGAUCGGCCAUUUAAAUGAUCGAAUUAAAGAAUUAACUAAUUCCUUAACUAGACGACAAACCGCACAAGCUCAAGCACAACUUGAAACUGAGAAUGAUAAUAAUGAAGAUGAUGAUUCUACUAAACAAGGAUUAAGAAUUGAGAUAAUUCAAUUAAAGGAAGAUUUAAAGAUUGCCGAAAGUCAAAUAGAUGAUUUAACUAAUUUGGCUAGAGCUAGUGAAGAAGCAUUGGUUAAUGCUACUAAUAGUUAUGAAGAGUAUAAACAAGAUACCCAAGCCAAAUAUAAAUUGGUUGAACAAGAGAAGAAUCAACUUAAUCAAGAGAUUAAUCGAGUUAAAGCACAACUUGAACAAACCACAAGGGAAUUAGAUGUCAAUAAACAAUCACAUAUUAAUGAAAUUAAUAGUUUGAAAACGUCACUCAAUGAAUUUGAAAUUAAAGCCAAUGCUUAUGAUACGAUGGAACAAAGCUUUAAUGCAAAAUUGGCGAGUGUUAGUAAAGAUUUACAACUUCAAACUCAAAUUAGUACGGAUGCUCAAGCCAAGUAUCAUGAAGAAUUACAAAAGAAUAAUGGAUUAUCUCAGACUAUUGUGGAGUUAAAGGAUAGUGUAGAACAGUAUAAGAAUGAGAUUCAAAGCUUACGAGAUUCUGUGGCCCAUAUAACGGCGGAAUUGAAUUCUAAACAAGAAGCAUUAUCAGCCCAUCAGAUAUCCAUUGAAGAAGAAUUGGAAGCUGGACGAGUUACGAUUGAAGAAUUAAAACAACAGAAUGGUAUACUAUUAAAUCAAAUUGAAUUAAGUAAGGGAACAGGAACAGGAACAGGAGUAGAUGAAGCUGAUUCAGGAACUAAUGAACUUAAGGAUGUAGUAAGUUUCUUAAGAAGAGAAAAGGAAUCAUUUGAAGCCAAAGUUUCUGUACUUGAAGAUGAGAAUCGGAAAUUAUCUCAACGACUUGUCCAAGUCUCAGAAGAUUUAUCAAUUGCCAAGAGUAUCUUAACCAAAUCUCAAGCUAGUUCAAUUGAUUUAGCAAUUAGUAGUAAAGAAAGUAAUCAAAUUACUGAACAAUUGGAACAAUUGAAUGUAUUCCGAGAAAGUAAUAUCACCUUAAGAAAUGAAUUAUCUAGUAAAGAUAAUAUCAUUAAAUCAUUACAACAACAACUUGAUUUGGUAGAAGAAGAAUUAAUUCCUACCAAGAGUAAAUUUGAACAAUUAACUACAGAAUUAGAUAUUCAAAAGCAACAGGUUGCUUUAAUUAAAGAAGAAAAUGAUCGAUUAAGACUUAAUGUAACAGCAGGAACUCCUGAAUCAGAAGCUACUAUUCAAACCUUAAGAUCGAAAUUGAAUGAUAUUACCAAACAAGCCAAUUCCAAAAUCACUUCCUUGAAUGAAAGAAUUGGUGAAAGUAAUUCAACCAUUGCCAAUUUAAAUCAAGAGAUUGCUAAACUUAGUGCCAGUAAAGUUGAAGAGGUUAAGAAUGUUGAAGAGAAAUUAUUAAAACAAUUGUCGGAAGCGCAAUCUGAGUCUCAGAAAUUAAGUGCUGAAUUAGCUCAAUUAAAGGCUCAACCACAAUCUCAACUGGAAGAAGAAAUUGAUAGUAAAGUCAGUCAGUUGAAUGCCGAAUUCGAGAAACAGAAGGCUGAACUUGAAACUAAUUUACAAGCUCAGUUUGAUAAGAAACUUGAGGAAGAAAUAAGUAAAGUUAAGGCCAAUACCAAUACCGAUACCAAUGGAAAUAGUAAUGUAGAAAGUACCAAGAAAGAAUUAGAAGCAGCUGUACAAGAAAAGAUUAAGGAAUUGGAAGAAUCCAUUAGUAAAAGAAAGGAGGAAUUGGAAAAGGAGUAUGAAGCUAAAGUUCAGAAUGGAGAUAGUAAUGCCUUGGCAUUAACGAAAAUUAAUGAGCAACAUGAACAGGAGAUUAAGAAGUUGAAGGAGGAAUUCAAUAAUCAAAUUGAAGAUGAAAAGACCAAGACUAAAGUUCAAGUUGAAAAGCUCUUUGAAGUUAAGAUAAAGAUGCUUAAUAAGAAGCUUGAACGAUUAGAAAAAGGGUCACCUGCUCCUGCUCCAUCAGGAACUGGAACUCCUACUCCAGUUCCAGUUCCUGGAUUUAAUCAAUCAUUUCCAGUAGGGGUUAAUCCAUUUGCUUUACCAUUUAAUAUGGCUCCUGGACCUUUUAGUUUCCCUGGAUCUGUACCUGCCAAACCAAACUUUCAGUCUAAGCCAGUUCUGCCAGUUCAACAAACUAUUCAACAGCCUGUUAAACAAACAACUCAACCAGUUCAAGCAGUCCAAUCACCACAAUCUGCGCAAUCAACUCCAGCACAGUCAGCACAAUCAGCACAACCAACACAACCAACUCAAGCUCUACCAAAGGGUACUUCACCUGCUCCAUCACCAGUACCAGAAACUAAAUCAUCAAAACCUUUAGGGUACCCUUUCACUGAGUCGACUCUUACUGUGCAUCAUCCAACAGCCACGGUAGAAACUAAGAAACAGGCCAAGAAUGAAAAGAAGAGAAGCCAAAAUAAUCAUCCUGGAGCUAACAAAAAGCAAAAGGAAUAA